AGAGCUCUACUAAAAGGAGCUCCAGGUACUGCAGUGCUGUGACCAGAGAAGGGUGACAGCCUGUGAUUGAUGAGGCUGGGACGGUCCCAGACCAGGAGGUGGUGUCGGAUGCUCCGCAGACUCUCGGGUUACCUCGGGUGAAUCCCACGCCAGCUUCCCGCACAGCCAGCUCAUAUUUCCACAGGUUUGCGGCCACCCCGAGGCUCUCCGGAGGGCGGGGAGAGCAGCGGAGCGCCGGAGCCGGGCUCUUCCCGGGACGGCGGAGCAUCCCUCGGCAGCGAACCGGAGCGCCGGAGUCGGGCUCUUCCCGGGACAGCGGAGCAUCCCUCGGCAGCGAACCGGAGCGCCGCGGCGGGACGGGGCCGGGUAUCCCAUCUCAUCCACUGCCUGCCACGCUUCCCAUCGCUUCCCACCGCAUACCAUCGCUCCCCACCGCAUCCCAUCAGAUCCCAUCGCAUCCCAUCUCAUCCACUGCAUCCCACCGCAUCCCAUCGCAUCCCACCCCUUCCCAUCCCUUCUCAUCGCAUCCCACCGCUUCUCAUCGCCUCCCAUCCCAUCCCACCGCUUCCCAUCGCAUCCUCCGCCUCCACCGCGCCCCGGCCCAGCCCGGCCCGGCCCGGCCCAGCCCGGCCCAGCCCCGGGCAGGAGGAGCAGCGGCUCCUCCCGGCCGCGCUGCCCGAGCUGCCGCCGCCGCUGCCCGCUCUCCUGCUGCCUUCGUACAUGGGGGUGAAGAUCAGUCAUUCCAGCUUCUUACAUCAGCUCCUUGCCCCUACACCUAGACACACCUGAAGAGUUAGAGACAAAGACACAGUAUGUAACCACUUUCCAGCCACGCUGGUUUAACUUCCAUGGAGCCAUUUCUGUCCUCAAAAUCCAUGGAGCCAUUUCUGUCCUCAACAUCCAUGGAAUCAUUUCUGUCCUCAACAUCCAUGGAAUAAUUUCUGUCCUCAGCAUCCAUGGAAUCAUUUCUGUCCUCAACAUCCAUGGGACAAUUUCUGUCCUCAGCAUCCAUGGAAUCAUUUCUGUCCUCAACAUCCAUGGAAUAAUUUCUGUCCUCAACAUCCAUGGAACAAUUUCUGUCCUCAACAUCCAUGGAGCAGUUUCUGUCCUCAGCAUCUAUGGAAUAAUUUCUGUCCCCAACACCCACAGAGCCAUUUCUGUCCUCGUUCUCAGGAGAUGCUCAAGGGCUCUGUGAGCUGUGAGCAGCUGCCACAGAGGAAUUGUCCUGGCAGAGCCUGAAGGAAUCCAGGAUCUCAGCACUUCCCAGGGUGCUCCUGUCUCCUCUGCCUAUGGAUGCUGCUGGCACCAAGGACACAGGUCCUCUCCCAACACCCACCUUUCUGGAAAUAAAAAUCCCCAAGCAACCCAACACAUUUUCAUGCAGGAGUGCAAACCAUGACUGAACAUCCAAGGCCUGGACGCCCCCUCCGAUUCUCACUCUGCGUGCCCGUAAAAAGAUGUUCAACAACACAACAGAGGCCUCCAGCAACGCUCCCCCAGCCCUCCUCGGCCUGUUCCUGGGAAGCAUUUCCCUGGUCACCAUUGUCAUGAACAUCCUCGUGCUGUGUGCCGUGAGGACGGAGAAGAAGCUGCAGACUGUGGGUAAUCUGUACAUCGUGAGCCUCUCCAUCGCCGAUCUGAUCGUGGGGGCAGCCGUGAUGCCCCUGAACAUCGUGGACCUGCUGAGCCCCGAGUGGCCCCUGGGGCUGGCAGCCUGCUUGUUCUGGCUCUCCAUGGAUUACGUGGCCAGCACGGCCUCCAUUUUCAACCUCUUCAUCCUGUGCAUGGACCGGUACCGCUCGGUGCAGCAGCCGCUCCGGUACCUCAAGUACCGCACCAAGAUGAGAGCCUCGCUGCUCAUCCUGGGGGCCUGGCUGCUCUCCUUCACCUGGGUCAUCCCCAUCCUGGGCUGGCACGCUUUUGCCAACAACGGGCAGAGGAAGGUGGAGGAAAACAAGUGUGAGACGGAGUUCUUCAAAGUCACCUGGUUCAAAGUGCUGGCGGCCAUUUUCAACUUCUACCUGCCCUCCCUGCUGAUGCUGUGGUUCUACUGCAAGAUCUUCAGGGCUGUUCGAAAGCACUGCCAGCACCGGGAGCUCAGCAAUGGGUCCCACUGGUCUUCCAUGGAAAAAAACACCACACAUGACACCAGGAUGAAGGAUAAGAAAAGUAUUUGUCCCCAGGAGCAAAUCUUAGGUGGGAACACCACUGGUGCAGACAAGCAAAGCUCCCCAGAGCUCCAAAAAGUGGAGGCAAAGCUUCAUUUCAGCCAUCCUGACAGGGCUUCAAAGGCCCUGAGUAAUGGGAAGGUCCUGAAGUGGAGCUGUUUCUCUCUCACCACAGCCAAGCCUGAGCCUGGCUUGGAUAAAGCAGGGAAGAGCGGGGCGUGUGCCACGAAAAAAACUGGGAAUAAGGAGCAGCCUGGCUGCCAGGACAGCGACUCCAGCGGGGCAUCAGACAACCACACCUUCACUGAGGUGCCCCCCCAGGCACAGCCCAGCCCCUGCUACCCUCAGGGAAGGACCCAGAGCAGGGAGUCCAGGGGAAUGACAUUCCUGAGGAAAACCUGGCACGCCCUGCACGGCCAUCCCAGGAGCACCCAGCGGCACUGGAACAGGGAGAGGAAGGCAGCCAAGCAGCUGGGGGUGAUCAUGGCAGCCUUCAUGCUCUGCUGGAUCCCCUACUUCGUGCUCUUCAUGGUGAUAACGUUCCACGACCACAAACAGCUCUCAGAACUGCACAGGGUCACCAUAUGGCUGGGCUACAUCAACUCCACCUUAAACCCAUUCCUCUAUCCUCUCUGCAACCAGAAUUUCAAGAAGACUUUCAAAAAGAUCCUCCGCAUUCAUUGAUGCUGGUCUGGGGUUUUGGAGCUCAAGUGCAGCUCAGGAGUUUGACCAAAAUAAAUGUUCCUGUUUCAAAGGAUGGUUACAGUAAAAGACUUUGGCAGACUGUAAUCGGUAAAUAAGUGGUAGUAAAAGUGGGAAAUGUGUAUUUAAUAGUUUUAACACAUUUGAAGAGCAACUUCAGGUCAAGAAUCUGAAAAACUCAAGGUCAAUACAUGAACUGUUACACCGUUGUAACCAUUUGUGACCACUACUUCCAUUACAGAAAUGGAGACACAAACUUCUUCAGUGAUUAUAAAUUAUUCAGCCACAGAAAAGGAAGAAAUCACAUUUCUGUUAUUGGCCAAAAACCUUUUUCUCUUUCAACUUACUCCAUCAAACACAUUGCUUGUGAAGUGAGAUUUGCAAGUGGAGGUACUUUGCACAGUCAAAGAAAGAACUUACAACUGUUUAAAAAAACUCCCCUAUUUAUUUAUAGCUUCCUCUAAAGCACAAACUUUUCAUCAAAUGUCAAGUUUUAGUGUGAAUCCUACUGUAUCUCUUUGAUAUCAUGCUUAUAUUAACUGAUACACUAACUUUGCUGAAAAAAGUAGAUUUUUUACGUCCCAAAAGAAUUUCCAUGCUCAAUAUACUGUCACCAUCUGCUCCAGAAGGGUGUGAUGCUGUUUCUAGACUUGAAGAAUAUAGUUGAUUAUACAUGAAAUAUGUUUACCUUUUCUACCCUUUGUGUUUAAUUGUAUUUCAUAAAUCUUGCUGUCAAAUAUUUCAGGAGAAAAACACAAUAAUUGAAUACUCGGUGUUGGAAAAGAGACCAAGAAGAUGUUGGAGUGCAACUGAAAGCUGGGCUGGCUUUGAAGUCACAAAGAAAAAUGAAAGUUCUCUCAUUCCUUUUGUUGUGCUGAUGAAUUUCCCACAUUCUGAACAGUUUCUUAAUUGUAUUUAAAGGAUUCAAUAUUAAAUCAAGCCGUAAUAUAUCUGCAUUUUAAUAUAUUGGGGAAACGUGAUAAAGGAAUAAACUUAAAUUCAGGCUAUAUCAGUGUAUCAUGCAAGGUUCAGAGAUUAAUUGAUUUUGGUUUCAACUUGCACUCAGGAAAAACUGCAAUUAGGAAACUUAAACCUAGGAGAAAUCAGGCAAAAUGCAGAGAGAGAACAUAAAACCAACAAAAUUCAUUGCAGAAUUCAGACAAGUUUUUACUGCAGGAGGAACACCUGCACAAGUAGUAAAAUGAACCUUUUUGGAGUAGAGAACAGAACCUUUUGAAACCCACGCUCUAAUCCCUGGCCUUCCACAAACAAUUGCUGAGGUUCACAGCCAUUAAAUUGGUUUUUUUCUAUUCUGAUUUGCAACAGCAAUUCUGAUCAA